AUGUCGUCUGGAUUUUCUUAUACGGGUGGAAGGCCUCGAUGUUUUGAUUUCUGGCAGGAAUUUCAAAAAUGUUAUGCAAGUGCAGAUCGACCGAUCGAUUGUCGUUCAGAAGUAGAAGAUUACAAUGAAUGUUUGAAUCAUCGAAAAGAGAUUGCGAGAGCUCAAGCUAUCGAAUCACAUUUUCAAACUCGACAACAAACUCAAUUACAACAACAACAACAAACACAAAAAGAGAAUACUAAGAGUAGUACUGGUAUUAUUGGAUUAAAUUUGAUUAAACCAACUGAUUGA